AGUUAGUUUGUAGAGUUGGUAUGUUUCUACUUUUAUUACGCGAUGCCUGUGUGAGAAUUUAGGAAUAUUUUUUACUAUACAUCUGUACUUUAUUGGUAUUUCUAUUUUGCAUGAUUUUCUAUAAUAUCGUUGCAUGCAAGAUUUCUACUAUAGGUAUCCUAUUUGCCGCAUGUUAACACUUUUCCUUAUUUUUAGUUGCUAGUGUUAGUUUGUGUGAUGUAGUGAUUUUAUGUUGAGUUGUCCCCCCUCCCCUCCCUUUCAUCCCCCUCCAUACAGGAGUGUGUUACGCCCGAGGCUCAAGCUGCGUACAAUGUGCUGGUUGAGCAGCCCGCACAGGACACCAACCCUCUGCGUAUGCUGCGUUCCGUGCCAUUCGUUCGCCCCAGGGUGCGCGGUAACAAGAAUUUUGCCACGCUGCCCAACCCUGCACAACGACAGUCUUCUGACUUAGCUGCAAGGAACAGCAACACUCUGCCGCACCAGCACCAGGCUCUAGCAGAGAAUAGCACAGUUCCGGUCUCAGCUGCUGCCAGCAGUGCCAGACCUGACACCGAUACUGAUGAUGAUUGUAGCUCUGUCAAAAGAGAAGGCUCUGGAUCAGGUAACCCAGUGCCACUGCCACCUAGAGACAGGAACAGGCCUCCUGCCACCGCCAAGCCCAGACAUCAGCGCAAACACCCUCUCAUCAUCCCUGGCCACGCCACUCGCACCCUGGCACGUCUCAACACGCACACGCAAGAGCCCACAUACCUUGGGUUGGAGGAUGAGCCGUCAUCGGACCAUAUGGCAGGAGAGGAGGAGGCUGACAGUGAGGGGGAGGGGAGACCUACCCCCACACCCCUCCCACUGCCCAGGACACUCCCGGACAUGGGUUCUAAGCAGGAACCGGAUAGUUUCGAGGAUAGAAUCGCGUGCGAGCUGGAGGCCCUGGACGCGAUGGAGGGAGAGGGUGAAGGGCGUGGCCUCCGUGAACAUGUUAGCUGCGAGGACCUGCUGGAGUUUGCAUGUGAUGGCCCCAAUACGCGGCGUACCCGAGGCAAGAGCAGUGGGGUGAACAGUGAUGAAGUACGCAUUAUGGGCAAGGUGCUCGGCAGUAAAGUAUCGGAGGAGAGCAGGCUGGCUGCACUCAACGCCACGGACUGGGACGUACAUCGUGCCAUCAAACUGUGUCGUCUGGACGCGCUACUGCCCCCCGAACUGUGUGCUGACAGUGUAGCCAAGCUGACGGCUCUGUACGACUCAGGGUGGGAAGUAGCGCGCGCCGCAGGAAUGUUGCUGGCUACCCUUGCGCCACAGGACGACGUCACGCAGGUCUGACUCCAGCGUACACACUUGUUACUGUACGGAUCUAGAUUGAAAAUUAUGAGUGAGAACACGUUGUUUGCUGAGAAAAUAAGAUUAUUGUUUCAGAGUUUGAUGAUUACGUUAGAAUUCUACAUUGUAACCUUUUAUAAUUGCAAAUUUUGUACCGAAUAUAAUGGAUAAUUUUUACUUGACUUUCAUGUGCAGAACAAAACGUCUUUCACACAAAUACUCUGUUAUGUAAAAAGUAUAAUUUCAGUUUUGAUCUGUUUUAGAGAAAAAAAUAGGGAUUCAAACUGUUUAGGUAAUUAGAAAAAUGUGUUGAGUAAAGUACUAAAGACAAUUAUUUUUUAAACUAAAAAAUUGUUUUUAAUUAACAAAACUACAGUGAUUAUAUGUUUAACUACUGUUUUCAAGAAAACAUGUGCUUAGAUAUUACAAAUAAUCAAAAAUCCGUCUUUUUGCAUCACAAUAUUUAUAAAAGUUUGAACAAAACUUUUAAAUUUUUUCAGAAAGUGUCGUAAGACAGUUUCCAACCAAACCUCUUGUAGUAGAGUUGCACUAGAGACCAUGCUCAGGUAAGGAAGAAUAAGAGACCCCGCUAGUGCGGCUGUUGCUGAGGUUGUGCUCAAAAAUAAGACAGGGUUGUGAGGUUUAGUGGCUGUAAAUUGAAAUUAUACUUUUAAUACCAUGAAAUAUAUUCUGAUACAGCAAAUAUUUGUAAUUUACCUCUUUUAUCUUCUAUGUGCAUUAUUGCAUCAGUAUCAUUACAGUACAGCCGCAUGUAUCCGAACUGAGUGGAUAGUCUUAAGAUAAGUAAAUGUGAGAUGGUAAUAAUUAAAAUCUUAAUGUAAAUAUAAAAUUUUGUUUUAUGAAAAAUAUAGAUAAAGGCUAUACAGUAGUACACACAUUGUUUUACAUUUUUGGAUCUAAAAUCUUUGUUGUUUGUUGUUGUUCUUUAUCUUUGUCUUUGUUAUUUUUGGUCAUGAUUUAGAAAUACGAAACGGUGACUUUCUCAUUGUGAAACUUUGUACUUUGAAGUAACUUUAAACCUACCUCAUAAUAAUACGGCACAUACGGUUGAAAUCUACCUCAUCACCAUUUUGUGAUGCAAGCGACUUGACUAAUUACUUAAGUAUCUGAACUUUUGUAGAGACAGAAGGAUGAAAAUGUUAGUUUUAGCAUGAUCGAAAUAGCUUCUAAAAUUCAAGCGUAUGGAGAGAAUCAUCGAAUCACACAGAGCAUUUUCUACCUCAUUUUUGUUUUAUUAAUGCACAUUUUACUGUAAAAUAUACAUGGUAAAUUAUUGCAUUGUAUUUUUAAUUACAUUUCUAUAAAUAUAUAUAUUUAAACUUAGUUUUUUUUCGGCCUUUAACGUAAGAUAGUGGUAUCACUGUUCCAUGCAGAAUAAAAUGGAAUGUCUGUCAAAUUCGGCAAGUUUGGAAACUGUGACUGUACUGUAUUUUAAAUAAUUUAUUUGUAAUGUCAAGUUGAAAUCAUAAUAGUUCUUAAAUUUUUAUUAUCAAAUAAUAGUAUUAAAUUAAGCAUAAAUAUUAAUAGGUGGUCGUUUACAAGUCUUAAUAAUUAAAUUGUAUUUGCAUGUAAUUUUUAUUUUUUAUAUUUAUACGUCUUAUUAGUUUAUGUGAAAGUUAUAAUUCCUAUUAAUAUAUUUAAUAUGUAAGCUUUACUCCUACCUACCUACCUACUAGUACGUUAAUAUUGUUUGGGCUGUAAGUACUUACAUUGUUUUCUAUAUUACGCUCUCUUUUCAUUUUGUGAUCUGUGUGAAAUGUUGCAUUUCUUUUAUAACAGUGUACAUAUUGUGUAGAUAUUAUUUUUGUAUAUAAGAUUUAUAACGCAAAAACCUAAUUUACUCUGUAGCCAGACAUAAUUUAUAACGUUUCUGAUAUUAUUAUUAUUAUUAUAUUUUAGUAAGACCCAUAGGAAAGUGUGCCUGUAUUGAUGUAAGCUCAUCGACUAUAUAUAAGAUUGUCUGAUGCAAAACUAAAUGAAAAAGUCACUUUUGUUUAAUUUAUAAAAUUUAUGCACAUUUUAAAAUUCAUAGUACACAAGCCUGCACUGAAAAUACCGUAAGGAUUUUUAUAAGACAUUUAUAGUAAUUUUUUAAAUAAUUAUUGUUACUAAGUGGAAGAUUGUUACAGCAAAACAUUGUUGCAAAUUGAAAAAUGGAAAAAAAAUAUUGUGAACAUAAAUUGUAUAUUAAACUAUUGUAUAACUUGUUUUUGUGCUCUUUUAAUGUUUUUUACACAAUAUUGUGCCUGCUCGUACUAUUUGUGUGCAUUUAAUAAUGUUAAAUUCUUAUACAGUGUUAUAUCUGUGUAUUUCCCAACUAGAUUAUUAGUAUUACAUAGAUUUGUGUUCAGUAGUAGAGCAUGUAAUAAUUAUUGGUUCGCUUAGUAUAAAUUUAACUUUAACGCAGAGUCAAAUAUAAUCGAUUUGUAGAUAUAUUUGAGUGACAUUUUGUGUAGAAAUUAACAUUAAUUUGUUUUAUAAGCUUUUAAAAUAAAUUAGGCAUAAGAGAAAUCUAAACCAUUGAUUAAGUUAAAUAUGUAUUAAUGUGAAAUUCUAAAUUUUCUUAUAAAUGUUAGAUUAAGGAAAAACACCAUGUGGAUUAACGUUUUGUAUAUUAGGCAUUUAAGAAAAAUAUGCCAUAACGAUUUUAUAUAUAACAAAAUCAGCUCAAGUUUGGAAAUGUAUAAAAUUGUACGGAAAUUGAUUAACUACUGAAUCACUUAAGAAAAUUAUAAACUAGUUUUAGAUUAAGUUUCUUGUUUCUGCUGUUUGUAAUGGAUCUAAGGUCGGAGGCUAGCCUUAACGGGGAUCGGUGCUUUUUCUACUUGGUGAUAGGAUAUUGCAGUUCAUUGUCAUAACAUAAUUUCCCAUUUUCAGUUGUAGUACGUAAAAAUAUAAAGUCCUGUAAUAUGUUACUUACGUUUCUGUUUCAUAAUUUUAGUCAUGUUCAUAUAAUGUGGUGUAAGUAUAUUUUACUUUCAAAUUCCACUAUAAAUGUAUUAUUUCUCCUUGAAAAUUAAUAUUUAUAGAACUUAAGUAAUUAAUGAACUAACCGUAAAUUUUAAAAGAUUUAACCUACCAAAAAUUGUAAAAAAAUGUACCGUACAUAAUAAAUUUCUCAAAACCGCUUAUUUAUUUCUAAUAGUUAGCUAUAGUUAAUUAUCAUGCAUUUAUUGAAUCAGCAAUGCAAUUAGAUUAUUUGAGUUAACUAAGAUUGUAUUGUAUGAGCUGAGGUCGGGUAACGGAAGUGGCCCGAGGUUUAUACCUCGUAAGUGUCAAAGGUCUAGUCUAGCUUUUGUAAUCGAAACGAACCAAGACCAGUCUGUACCAAAAAUGUACUGGCUUUUCAAAAACAUUUUUAUAAAAUAUUUUUAUAUUAUUUAUUGAAAUUAUAUUUUAAUACUUUUGGAUGUGAUGUGAAAUGUGUUCCUAUUUGUCACUUGUGUUCAGUGCAUGAGGUUAAAUAAAUAAACAGAUGUAAAUAA